AUGACCCCAACAAACCCAUCAGAGGACGUCUAUAUCCCGGAACAAUUAUUCGGUACCAAGAGACGCCUCAAGGUCAUCGUGGUUGGCGCGGGCGUGUCCGGUCUUAAUUUUUUCAAACUCGCAGAGGAAAGGGGGGAGGAGCUGGACAUCGUCUGCUUUGAGAAGAACAAUGACAUUGGAGGCACGUGGCUCGAGAACAGAUAUCCGGGCUGUGCUUGUGACGUGCCUUCCGUGGUCUACCAAUAUCCAUGGAGGCCUGCACCUUGGUCGCAUUACUGGUCGCAAGCGUUAGAGAUAUGGGACUACCUCAAGACGGUCGAGCGAGAAAAUCAUUUUGUUGAAAAGUACGUCAAGUUGCGCCACGAGGUCCUAUCUAUGUCUUGGACCGAUGAGGCUGGACGCUGGGAAGUCGAGGUUCAAGAUUUGGAACGCGGCUCGAGGUGGGUAGAAUCUGGACAUGUGGUGAUCAAUGCCACUGGCGUGCUCAACAAGUGGAAAUGGCCCAACAUCAAUGGGCUGCAGUCCUUCAAGGGAGUUCUGCUCCAUUCCGCGGCCUGGGAUCCAAAAGUUGACCUCAGGGGCAAACGGGUGGCUGUGAUCGGUGCGGGAAGCAGUGCUGUCCAGAUCAUUCCGAGCAUAUACGACAGCGUCGAAAAGAUAUACACCUGGGUUCGCAGCAAGAUCUGGAUCACCAGUACAUUCUCUCAGCAGUUCGUCCGCAGUGACGGGGCAAACUAUGCAUACUCUCCGGAACAGCAACAGAUCUUCAGCAACGAAGACGAAUACCUGGCCUACCGCAAGAUGGUCGAAGAGCCGUUCAACAAACGAUUCGGGUUCAUCCUCAACGGGACGAAAGAACAAAAAGCCGCUCUCCAGUUCUGCCACGACUACAUGACAACCAACCUCCAGUCUCGGCCGGAUAUCCGGGAUAAAAUCGUGCCCACAGACUUCUCCGUCGGCUGUAGGCGCCCUACGCCGGGUUAUGGUUACUUACAGUCCCUUUGCGGCCCAAAGACGACAACCUAUACGCAGGAGCUGAUCACCAUCACGGAGAAUGGCUUUCUCGACCCCGAUGAUAACGAGCACGCCGUCGAUGUCAUUAUUUGUGCCACCGGGUUUGAUACGACAUUCAAGCCACGGACCCCUCUUCUGGUCAACGGCGUCGAUAUGGGCAAGCUCUGGACUACACGAGAGACUGUGCCCUCGUACCUUAGCGUCGGGCUGGCCGGCGUGCCAAACUACUUCAUUUCAGGAGGCGCAUACUUCCCCGUGGCUCACGGAUCGUUCUUCCCCCUGAUCCACAAAUUCUGCGAGUACACCCUCCAAAUUCUGGAGAAAAUGCAACUCGAGAACAUCAAGUCCGUGAGGCCCAACCUGCAAAGGACGGAUCAGUUCUUGUCCCACGCUGAUACCUUUCUCAAGCGGACUGUGUGGACCGACCCGUGCACGUCCUGGUUCAAAGGAGGCAAGAAAGAUGGAAAGCCGGCAUUAUGGCCCGGAUCACGAUUACACUUCUUAAAACUCCUCGAGGCGCCCCGGAUGGAGGACUACGACAUCGAGUACUGGGUACCUGAGAAUCCUUUCGCCUUCCUCGGAAACGGCAUGCAUAUCGCUGAGAUUGAGAAUCGCGGAGACCUUACCUGGUAUCUUGGUAACCCUGCUCACGACGUGGACAAGACCCGAAUUGCACAGCUCAUGAGCCCCGACGAGAAAUUGACAAACGGGACAUCAGUCGCCUAG